UGUGUGUGUGGAAGGCGUGGGCUCCUCCACAGCAUCAUCACUCGCUUCACAGCAACAGCCUCCUCCUUCUCCCCCUCUUCCUCAUCAUCACCACCACCACCACCAUCAUCCUCACCAGGGCUGAGACAUCGCAGGCAUCGCGGGGGAUUCUGUGAGGGAUUUGACCAUCAAACAGAAGCUCCAGGUGACCAUAAUCCUCGAAUCGGAGCAUCUCCCGACCUCGCAAGAUGGAGGACGGCUAUCAGAAUCGGACCGCCUUCAUCAAAGGUGCCAAAGACAUCGCCAAGGAGGUGAAGCGCCAGGCCUCCAAGAAGGUGGGCCGCACGGUGGACCGCAUGAACGACGAGUACAGCCGGCGCUCCUACAGCCGCUUCGAGGAGGACGACGACGACGACUACCCGGCGCAAGGCGGCCAGGACGGCGGCGGCUACUACCGCGGCGAUAGCCAGGCGGCCAAUGACGACGACGAGGGCGGCCACAGCGACUCCACUGAGGGCCACGACGAGGAUGACGAGAUCUACGAGGGCGAGUACCAGGGGAUCCCCAGGGCCGACUCGGGCAAGGGCAGCCUGGCCGGGGGGCCCGGCUCGGUGGCGGCUGGCGCUCAGCAGUUUCGAGACGUCGGGGUGUCCGAGGCGGAGAGGAGGAAAGACCAGGAGGAGCUGGCCCAGCAGUACGAGACCAUCCUGCAGGAGUGCGGACACGGCAAGUUCCAGUGGACCCUCUACUUUGUGCUGGGCCUGGCGCUGAUGGCCGAUGGCGUGGAGAUCUUUGUGGUCGGGUUUGUCCUCCCCAGCGCUGAGAAGGACAUGUGUCUGUCUGAACCCAACAAGAGCAUGCUGGGUCUCAUUGUGUAUUUCGGCAUGAUGGUGGGGGCGUUCCUCUGGGGAGCUCUGGCCGACCGCAUCGGCCGCCGCCAGUCUCUCCUCAUCUCCCUCUCCAUCAACAGCAUCUUCUCCUUCUUCUCGUCGUUCGUGCAGGGCUACAGCACCUUCCUCUUCUGCAGGCUCCUGUCGGGUGUUGGCAUCGGAGGCUCCAUCCCCAUCGUCUUCUCCUACUACUCGGAGUUCCUGUCCCAGGAGAAGCGAGGCGAACACCUCAGUUGGCUCUGCAUGUUCUGGAUGAUUGGUGGGAUUUACGCGUCGGCCAUGGCGUGGGCCAUCAUCCCCCACUAUGGGUGGAGCUUCCAGAUGGGCUCGGCUUAUCAGUUCCACAGCUGGCGUGUAUUUGUGUUGGUGUGCGCCUUCCCCUCCGUGGCCGCCAUCGCUGCCCUCAACGCCAUGCCGGAGAGCCCACGUUUCUACCUGGAGAAUGGAAAACACGAUGAAGGCUGGAUGAUUCUCAAGCAAGUCCACGACACCAACAUGAGGGCCAAGGGACACCCGGAGAAAGUCUUCACCGUCACCACCAUCAAGACGGUGAAACAGAUGGACGAGUUGGUGGACACUGGCACCGACACGCCCGUCUGGCAGCGCUACAGGCUCAAGAUCAUGAGCCUCUCCCAGCAGAUUCGGAAUAAUAUUAUUGCCUGCUUCACCCCGGAAUACAAACGGACCACUUUCAUGCUGAUGGCCGUGUGGUUCACCAUGUCUUUCAGCUACUACGGCCUGACCGUGUGGUUCCCGGACAUGAUCAAGUACAUCCAGAAGCAGGAGUACGAGUCCCGCACCAAGACCUUCAGCAAGGAGCGCGUGGAGCACGUCACCUUUAACUUCACCCUGGAAAACCAGGUGCACCGCCAAGGCCACUACUUCAACGAUAAGUUCCUCAACCUGAAGAUGAAGUCGAUGGUGUUUGAGGACUCGGUGUUUGAGGAGUGCUACUUUGAGGACAUCACCUCCACGCACACCGUCUUCAGGAACUGCACCUUCAUCGCCAGCCUGUUUUAUAACACAGACUUGUUCAAGUACAGGUUUGUGGACUGCAAGCUGGUGAACAGCACGUUCCUUCACAACAAGGAGGGCUGCAUGCUGGACUUCAGCGACGACUUCAACAACGCCUACAUGAUCUACUUCGUCAACUUCCUCGGCACGCUGGCCGUCCUGCCCGGCAACAUCGUCUCGGCUCUGCUGAUGGACAAAAUAGGCCGUCUGAGGAUGCUGGCGGGGUCCAGCGUCAUAUCGUGUGUCAGCUGCUUCUUCCUGAUGUUCGGAAAUAGUGAGUCGGGGAUGAUCGCCCUGUUGUGUCUCUUUGGCGGCAUCAGCAUCGCCUCAUGGAACGCUCUGGAUGUCAUCACGGUGGAGCUCUACCCCUCAGACAAACGGACCACGGCCUUUGGCUUCUUGAACGCCCUGUGCAAGGUGGCGGCCGUCCUGGGCAUCAGCAUCUUCCAGUCCUUCGUUGGCAUCACCAAGGCCGUGCCCAUCCUCUUUGCCGCCGGUGCCCUGGCCGCAGGUAGUUUCCUUGCCACAAAGUUGCCUGAAACGCGGGGCCAGGUGCUGCAGUAGUAGCAGGUGUCCAGCUGGGGGGUGUCCAAAGCUCGGAGCGAGUGCAUGACAACCGGGGACCCGAACAUCCCUUGAGAGCUUCAGCGCCGCUUGUCUGUCACACUCCCAAACCACCACACACACGCACACACACACACACACACACACACACACACACACACACACGCACACACACACACACACACACACACACACACACACACACACACACAGAC